AUGGCACCCUCCUCCGCCAACCCUCCGGAUACGAUGAUGGUUUCGGAGACCCAAAACAACAAGCCCACUAACGCCGAAGAGACUGCAGGGGGUGCGACUGCUGGGGUGAACUCAAGUACCCCAAAGCAAAAACGACUGGCAUGCGAGAUAUGUCGAAGGAGGAAACUCAAGUGCGAUGGCACCAAGCCAAGUUGCAGCACUUGCUCGCGUCUCGGCCAUGUAUGCGCCUACGAUGAGAGGAGAAAGAAGAGUGGUCCCAAGAAGGGUCAUCUCAAGGCCUUGGCGGAACGAUUAAAGCAAGUUGAGACUUUGCUGAAGACGCAGGAAGCACCGAGACUGAGUGCAGACGGUAACCCAAUAGCACCGAAUAUCGUCGAUGGUAGUGGACUCAGCCAACCAAGUCAACAUGCUGCUGCCGCGGCCGCCAACUUCAACGUUCCGGGCCCUUCCCGUGGAAUGGCAACAGAGGAGAGCAUGGAUCAGUGGCAGUUCCAUGGCGAUCCGAGCAGCACAGGAUUGGAUGACUUUAACUUGGGCAAUAACUUGGGACUAGGCAUGAGUAGUAUUGGCGGCGACUUUACCUGGGAAAUGAUAGGCCUAGGACUGGAGGAGCCAUUACCGCCCCAGGAAACCAUCGACGAGCUGCAAGUCCCUUCCACCAUGUCCAUAAGGAGUAAGCACCAAGUAUACUUUGACAAAAUACACCCUUCCCUCCCAAUGAUACACCGCGCCCGUUACUUCCAUGCGAUGAAUCUAGCCCCAAAUCAGCGGCCACCAGUGUGUCUACGCUAUGCUAUGUGGACACUGGCCUGCUCGGUGUCAGACCGGUUCCUCGAUUUGAAAGAGCUGUUCUAUCAGAGGGCCAGGAAGUAUCUGGAGUUGGAUACCAUCAAAGGCUUUGGAGAACACAUGAUAACGGUGUCACAUUGCCAGACCUAUGUGCUCCUGGCAUCCUACGAGUUCAAAUGGAUGUAUUUUCCGCGAGCGUGGAUGAGUAUAGGCUCGGCCGUACGCUUAUGCCAGAUGAUGGGCCUCUAUCGAGUUGAUGGUGGUGACUUGGAGGUGAAACAGUGCUUACCGCCCCCACGAGAUUGGACAGAAAAGGAAGAGCGCCGACGAACCUUUUGGAUGGCCUUCUGUCAGGACCGUUACGCCAGCAUCGGGACGGGUUGGCCGAUGAUCAUUGAUGAGAAAGACAUUCUCACCGACCUUCCUGCCUCCGACGAGGCCUACGACUUGAGUCACCCCCAGGAGACCCAGAGCUUGAAUGAUGUGACGCUCCAUACGGGUCCUGGUAAGUUAUCGUCUUUUGGCGGUGUCAUCCUUCUGGCGUACCUCUUUGGCAGAAACCUUAUCCACCUCCACCGGCCGACCGAGGACGACCGAGAUGAUGACCUCAAUGGCGAAUUUUGGAAGAGGCAUAGACAGAUGGAUAACAUCCUUCUCAAUGUUUCGCUCUGUAUACCAUCUGCCCUCAAGCUGCCACAGGGUCUGGCCAAUCCAAACGUCGUCUUCACAAAUAUGUGCAUUCACACGUCGACUAUUUGCUUGCACCAAGCAGCGAUAUUCAAAGCAGACACGAACAACUUACCUGCCAGCGUUAGUACUGAGUGUAAGAUGCGAUGUAUUACCUCGGCUCACGAGAUUGCAAGCAUCAUGAGGAUGGCCUCUCACCUUGACUUGGAUAGGCUGAAUCCAAAUAUGUCGUUCUGUCUCUAUGUUGCAGCAAGAGUAUUUGUGCAGUUCCUCAAAAGCCGUCCAGACGAUGGACAGGUAGCCGACUCUCUUCGGUUCCUGCUGUCAGCCAUGAACGCAUUGAAGCGGAAGAAUCCCCUUACUGAAUCCUUCGUAGUACAGCUUGACGUAGACCUUGAAGCUCUUGGUGCCAAGGUUCCCAAGCUCAAAAACGCCUUCUCAAGAAGUAACGAUGGUCACACAUCACGAGCCCACAUGAAACCUGGGACCGGACUCGGCGCAUCGACAACACAUGGGAACAUGUACCACCAGGAAUGCCAAUUCCUCCGAACCGUCGAAGACGACGGCAACCCCGUCAACGCCCCCAACCUGGUCGAGCCCGUUGAUCUCGACGACCCUCUUGUUCAGCUCCCUGGCUCAAGCAGGAACACCGCACCAGACUGGUCAUCAUCAGUCGAGCAGCGAAGUCCCAUUCCAUCCGCCGGCGGGCAACACGGCGGCGGCUCUGCCAGGACCGGCGGUCUAGCUUUUGCCACAUCUAUUCACGGCAGGAUGCCGAACAACAUCUCGCUCGCUCCGAAUUAUCAGACUCGUCCUCCUCGCGAUCCCGACACCGGGGGAAAUAGCGAUGGCGUCCCGCUGUCCACUCCUUCACCAAACUCUAACCAGCCCACGCCCAAUUCUGGCACAUCAUCUUCGAACCAUCACCACCAUCUGUAUCACCAAAUGCACCAGCAUCAACAUCCACACCAUCAUCCUCAUCCUCACCCUCGCCCCCACGCUUAUCACCAGCAAGAACCUGGACAAGGGCAAGUACAAGGACUAGCACCCACCAACGAUGGCCGACAUAUGAGCGGAUCCGGCGGAUCUUCAUCUUCCAUGUCCUUUGACAAUAGCAACAACAAUCACAGCACCAGCCCCAUAACCCCCGGUUCCUCUACAAAUCCUACCAUAACCACGGCUGCGACAGCUCUUGCAACUACUGCCACCACCACUACUAGCACUGCUCUGGACAUCAAUCCAUGCCCUGCCGCAGCCGUCGGUUUCUUUCUCGAUCCAACUGCCUUUGGAAUGCCGGGCGUUGAGGUAGCUCCGGAAAAUACGACUAAUUCGGGGUUAGCGAGGACGGCAUCCGACCAUCACGCCAACACCAUUGUUGGUAACUCCAAUAAUGGCAGCAACCUCGGGAUGGGUUCCAGCGUCGGGAUGGGCAUGAAUAUAGGCGUCGGCAGCGAUGGUGGUGGUGGUGGUAUGACGCCGAAUAGUGUGCUGCGAUCGCUCAUGGCGAUGGGGAACAUGGAGGGUAUGGACGGCAUGGAGGGGUGUGGAAUGGAUUUGGGGUGGGGUAACGGCGGUACCAGUCACGGACUGGAUAGUCAUGGGAAUAGGCAUGGCGGUGGUGGGAGUUUUUAA